CCAGUCUGGUCUGGGGAAUUAGCACCAAGGUCGGGCGCGCGCGCGGGUCCCCAGCACAUCUGGAAGAGAACGGAACCAAGGGGACGCCGAGCGCGUAACUGGAGCAGCGGAGCUACGGCGCCGCUGGGCCCCUUCGAGGAGCUCGGGGCGCACAUCUGGGACCUCGAGCGGGGGCCGCGCCGCGCGCAGCGGGACCAGGGGCGGGGGGCGGCGGCUGCACAGCUGGACCGAAGGGGGCGGGGUCGGUCUUGGACAACUGGCUGAGGGGAGGGCCGCGAGCCGCCGAGGACCGGAGCAUGGGACGGCGCGCCUGAAGGAGCAGACGGGGAGGAAGGGGCCUGGGACCCCGAGAGGAAAAGAGGCGAGAAAGGGGGACGCGAGCAGAGGAGGAAGAUGCAAUUGACUCGCUGCUGCUUCGUGUUCCUGGUACAGGGCAGCCUCUAUCUGGUCAUCUGUGGCCAGGAUGACGGUCCCCCCGGCUCAGAGGACCCUGAGCAUGACGACCAUGAGGGCCAGCCCCGGCCACGGGUGCCGCGGAAGCGGGGCCACAUCUCACCUAAGUCCCGCCCCAUGGCCAAUUCCACUCUCCUAGGGCUGCUGGCUCCACCUGGGGAGGCUUGGGGGGUCCUUGGGCAGCCCCCCAACCGCCCAAACCACAGCCCCUCACCCUCGGCCAAGGUGAAGAAAAUCUUUGGCUGGGGCGACUUCUACUCCAACAUCAAGACGGUGGCCCUGAACCUGCUCGUCACAGGGAAGAUUGUGGACCAUGGCAACGGGACCUUCAGAGUCCACUUCCGACACAAUGCCACAGGCCAGGGCAACAUCUCCAUCAGCCUCGUGCCCCCCAGUAAAGCUGUAGAGUUCCACCAGGAACAGCAGAUCUUCAUCGAAGCCAAGGCCUCCAAAAUCUUCAACUGCCGGAUGGAGUGGGAGAAGGUAGAACGGGGCCGCCGGACCUCGCUCUGCACCCACGACCCAGCCAAGAUCUGCUCCCGAGACCACGCUCAGAGCUCAGCCACCUGGAGCUGCUCCCAGCCCUUCAAAGUCGUCUGUGUCUACAUCGCCUUCUACAGCACAGACUAUCGGCUGGUCCAGAAGGUGUGCCCAGAUUACAACUACCAUAGCGAUACCCCCUACUACCCUUCUGGGUGACCCUGGGCAGGCCACGGAGGCCAGGCCAGGGCUAGAAGGACAGGCCUGCCCAUGCAGGAGGCCAUCUGUCUGGACACUGGGCAGGAAGGGGGGUGGAGAGGAGGAGACGCCAAGUGGGGCCAGGACCAAGUCUCAAGUGGCAGGGAAGGGGGUCCCGAGUGCUGGCCCCACCCUGAGGCUGUGGAGCGGCAGGAACACAGGCGUGCUGGAGGAGGAGUGGGUUCUCUGUGCGGCCUCCCAGGGCAGGCAGACUCAUGUGGCCCCAGAUCAAGUCAUGAGAGGAGCCUACACCCUUGGCUCCUGCCGUCCUGAGAGAGGACAUCAACAGGCAGCGGGGGGAUUUCGUCAGGGUGGACCCCCUGUCACCUUAGGAUGGCUGGCUGAGACAGGGCUUCCUGGGAGCUGUCCAGCCCAGCCCAGUGGGCAGCCUGGCACCCCGUUGUCCUGCACUGAGCAUAGCAUGAGUGGUGACCCUUGGGGUCUUUGAUGUCUUGGCAAAUAGACCACGUGUCUCUGGCUAGGCCACCCCCUUCCCAAAAUUCCCUAUCCUGGCAGCACUCCCCACUGCGCCCACCCUCUUGCUGAUGGCCUUACGCUAACGCAGGGUGGUGGGGUCCUCAGCGUUAAGGCCACAAGUGGAAGCCCAUCUGUGUGCCGUGUGUCCCUCUUCCACCCCCCCCUCCUGCUGGCUCCUCUGGGAGCUUCUUUGUCCCAGAGAGUGGUCCCUCAACAGUCAGCGUCACCUGGGAGCCUGGGGCUCUCCUGGAGAGGGAAGGGCCAGCAGCAGGGGGCAGGGCAAGGCUUGUCUGAUCCGUGUGUCUGUCUGUGGGUGGGGGGAGGGGCGGGAAGUCUUGUGAAAUCACCUGAUUGCCGACUUCUGUGUGCAGAAUCUUGUUCUCGGAGCAGGAAAUAAA